AAGUCUUCCAUUUCCCACCGUUUAUGUUUUAUGAGAAUGAAAUUUUUCAACAAAAUUGGCAACUAACUUUUAUUAUGCCUAAAGAAUAGGUAAUAAAGAAUAUGAGAUCCUAAUUUCCUCCUCAAUUUUCUCCUCCUCCAAUAACUCCCAUUCCCUCAUCUCAACAUUUCAAAAAAUUCCUCAACACAAACAAAACAUUUUCAUAAUCUCAAUUUAAUCACCUAAUCCCAAAAAAAGACAAAAAAAUGUCAACUCCUCCAAACUCCCACCCUUCCUCCCCUUCCACUUCUCCUACAUCACAUUCCUUAGAAAACACAUUAUCCUCUACACCACCUCAACCAUCCACCCCCACCUCCACCUCCACCUCCACCUCCACCACCAUCCCCACCUCCCCAACAAAGGUUCAAGCCGCCCUCGAAUCGCUUAUCUCUAUCCUCCCCACCCCUCCUUCCUCCAUCUCCUCCACCUCUCCUUCACCCCCAGCCUUCAUCCUCCUCACUUCCCAUGAAGUCUCCAACCAAAUAUCCUCCUUACUCCGCCAACCUUCCUCCGGCUCGGGCGAUAACCACCUUUGUCGUUGGCUCUACGACACCUUUCACUCCUCCGAUCCUUCCCUACAACUCAUUGUCCUACGCUUUGUACCUCUUAUAGCCGGCCUUUACCUCACCCGCAUUACUCGUCGCCUACGCCAACCUUUAGCUGGCUUUGAAGCCAUCCUUUUAGCUCUUUACGCCCACGAAACCACUGCGAGAAACAACCAGCCUAUUACUGUCACUGUCCCUGACCUUUCUCACCCUAGUAUAUACCAUGAAAGCUCCUCACCUCAACGUAACAACUCUACUGAUCUUAACAUUGCCGUCAUUUCUCCUUCUCUUGAGCCACAUGGUACUGUUCGAUCUACUCGUAGGGCUAGGAUCGUUGGGGUCGCCCUAGAGCUCUUUUUUAGUAAGAUUUGGGUUAUGCCUCUAGGGUCGAAACUCGACUUUUGCGAGUUCUUCGACCAAUGGGCUGGACCACAAGUACUCCAGGAUGACAAUGACAAUGACGAUGACGACGAUGAUGGUGAUAGUAAUAGGAAAGUGCGUAGAAAACAAAGUGGUGAUGAUGAUGAUGAAGAUAGUGAAGGGAAGAUAUUGUUACCAUGGGAAUUAUUAGGACCUUGUCUUAGAAUAUUAGGGCAUUGUUUGUUAGGAGUAGAUAAAGGAAAAGAGUUAUUGUUGCGUGAAAAAGCUUAUAGAGCUUGUAAAAGUUUGUAUGUUAGGGCUAUGCAUGAUGUUAAUUCUAAAGCUAUUUUAGGUGCUGGUAGUUUGUUAAGACUUGUUAAGGUGGAGAAAGAGUUACAUGAGGUUGAUUAUACUGAGAUUACAAAUACUAGGGUUAUCUCCAUUUAGAUAUAUAGUAUUCAUUUUUGGUGGUUUUUGUCAUUUCUUGGAGUUUUUUUUUUGUUAGGGUGUGUAUAUCAUGAUUAUAAAUAAUCUU